UUCUCUUCCAUAUUCAAAACUUCGUCUUUUUAUCUCUUUUGUAGCUUUAAUCUUUUUAUCUGCAUUUUUUUUACAAAAGAUACUAUUCAUUGCUCAUUAGCCUGUUUCUGUAAAUGGGCUUCCUACAAAAUUUGUGUCUUAAGUUGAAGUUUGAUUGUGUUGAUGAUUCGUUUUGGGCGUCUCCUUCUCCAUCUUCCAUCGUUUAUCAUCUUCUUUCUGUGUGCCUCCGUGAAAAAUCCAUCCCUGGUUGUUUCUUUCGUCGUCCAAAACCUAGGCCCUUCUUCACUCGUUUAAAGCCAAUUUCAUACGACCCGUGAGAAAACCCACGUCUGUACUCUUCGCGUGAGCCGUCACUUAGUAAGAAUCUAAGGAAUAACGCAGAGAGCUUCAAGAAUAAGUACAAGCAGCAUGAAGAUAACCUUAGAUUUCUAACUUCUCAAGCAAAUCACAUAGGCGAAUCUAUUCUUGACUUACAGAUGAGUCUUGGAAGGUAUCAUUCGGCUAAUGUAACUGGGACAGAAAAUGGAAAUGGUACUUUGCAAGCUGAAGAGGAAACCAUCCAACAAAUAUUGAAGCAAGAGAACUCUGCUGCUGGCUUACUUUGCUGGUUGAAAUCUAAUACUCUGUCUUGGUCAUCGAAUGCGUUAUUUACCAAGGAUGUUGUAGGAGUUGUUGCAUCUCUCGCUAGGGUUGGCAGUGCUGAACUUAGCCAGAUUCUUUCUGAGUAUUUGGGACUGGAGACUAUGCUGGCAAUUGUAUGCAAGACUCAUGAAGGCAUUAAUGCACUUGAGAAGUAUGACGCAGGAGGCACAGUAAACUCUUCCAGAGGUUUGCAUGGGCUUGGGUCUUCAAUAGGAAAAAGAGUACAUGGCCGGUAUAUUGCUAUAUGUCUUGAAGAUUUAAGACCAUUUGUUGGUGGUUUUGUACCCAAUGAUCCUCAAAAGAAGUUAAAUCUUCCAAAGCCAAAAUUGCCUAAUGGGGAUUGUCCUCCUGGGUUUAUUGAUUAUGCAGUGAACAUGAUCCAUUUGGAUUCUGAGAAUCUAUCAUAUAUUACUGCUGACGGGCUUGGCCUUCGAGAAACAUUGUUCUACUUCUUAUUUUCACGCCUCCAAAUAUAUGGAACCAGGAGAGAGAUGCUAGGUGCUCUUCCUUGUAUUGUUGAUGGAGCUUUGUCUUUGGAUGGUGGGAUGAUUAAGAAAUGCGGCAUCUUUUGUCUUGGUAGUAGGAAAGAAGUGGAAGUGAAUUUUCCUGUGGCCUCUGGAGAAUCUGACCUACCCUUAAACUAUGUUCAAGCGGAAGACAUGGUGAGGAUGUUGAAGUGGGAAAGCUAUAAAAUUGCUGCUGAUAUUCGAAGGGAGCAACAAUUAUUGGAUUACGCCCAGGCCAACCUCAAGAACCUUGUCUGAAAAUAUAUUUAUGUUAACUUCUAAUUUUAGGGGACUGGCCUGAUAAUUUUGAAGGCAUUUCUCAAGAGGGAUGGCUCCUAAAAAGGUAUGCCCAGUUAGACAUGUAAAGUUUCUUAGUCUAGUUGAAGUAUUAUAUGUGAAUCUUAUAUUUCAGGAAUCAAUCGUGUAAUGAUUAGUUUCAAAAGAGUGUCUACCGGUCAUGCUUUAUUGUAGAAUCUGAUAGCAACCUAGCAAGUAUCUUCUUAGUGUUGAGAUUUCAGUUUAGGUAGUGGAGUCAGGAGAAAAGCUUGGGAGCCAUUGUUUCAUUCUCUGUUUGAAUGCUGUAAGCGAGCCCUCUUGGAUAAACUUGGGCCUGUGCUAGUCCAUUGGACUUCGACUUGAUUCUUGUACAUUGAGGCUUGACCAUCUGGCAUUAUUGAAAAUUUAAUGGCCCAGAGCUAAUGCUUUCUA